GUCCCUUGGUGGAAAAAGUUUGGACACCCCUGACUUGGACACGACCCGGAAGAACGUUGCUGAUGGAGAGAGAGAGAGAGAAAGAGAGAGCGAGGGGGGGAGACAGCAUGGGAGGGCCAUCAUCAGACGGAGAGAGAAGUGCAACCACAAAGUCAGCAGCUCACAGCCAAGCUUUGGUCCGAUGUUUGUGAGGGAUGGACGGCAUCAACUCCACCCGCCUUCCCGCCAACCAGUCCGACUUCGGCAGCGUCUUCACCCAUCAGGUGCUCCCCUCGCUCUAUUUCGUCAUCUUCCUGGUGGGCGUGCCCCUCAAUGGCGUGGCCGCCUGGAUCUUCUUCCGAGUUCCCAACGACUCGGCUCUGGUGGUCUACCUGAAGAACAUGGCGGUGGCCGACCUGCUCAUGCUGGCCACCUUCCCUUUCAGGGGGGCGGUGGAGCUUGGGCUGGGCGGGCGGCGCCUGCAGGAGGCGUCGUGCCGCUACACCUCGGUGCUCUUCUACUCGUCCAUGUAUGUGUGCAUCCUCUUCAUGGGCCUCAUCAGCCUGGAGCGCUAUGUCAAAAUCGUGCGACGCAACUGGCCAGCACUCCUGCAACAGAGUGUGGGCGUGGCCAGGGUGGUGGCGCUGCUCAGCUGGAGCCUCCUCCUCUUCCUCUGCGUGCUCCCCAACGCCUUGCUGACCAGCCAGCCGGGCGACGAGGAGAGCUCUUGGAACUGCAUGCUGUUGAAGAGCCCCCUGGGGAUGGAGUGGCACCAGGCGUCCACCCACUUCAGUGUGGUGCUCUUCUGGCUCACCCUGUUGGUUCUGGCUUUCUGUUACGCCUCCAUCGCCCGGCGCCUGCGCCAGUCGUACCGCAGAGUGCGCCGCGACAGCACCGACGUGCGCCGCAAGUCCAACCGCAGCAUCUUGUGCCUCCUGGCCGUCUUUUUUGUGUGCUUCGUGCCUUACCACGUCUGCCGCGUGCCCUACACGCUCAGCCAGAUGCCGGACUCGGGCUUCAACCGGGCCUCGCGCUUUUGGCUCUUCAACCUCAAGGAGGGAACGCUCUUCCUGUCCGCCCUCAACGUCUGCCUCGACCCCGUCAUCUACUUCCUCAUGUGCCAAACGUUCCGAGAGUCGCUCCUCAGAAAGCUGUCGGCGAGACAGAGGCUCGUGUCCAUCACCACAACCCCCAUCCUGGACACCGUGCCGGGGGGGACACGUGGUACAGGAGCAGGUGUGCAUUAGAGGGAACGAGGACGCUUGAGUCAAGGCCAAGCAGGGUGGUUUGCUGACCCAAAGAGGAGGUGGAGCAGCGACACCAGUCUGCUGACAGAGUCACGCUCGUCUUGUCAUAAAGAAGCCACUUGGUUUGCCCGCGGCUUGCUUGCAUGAAAGCAGCAGGCACAAGACAUUGAAAAAACGUUGAGAACUUGUUAAUGUUAGGUUCUGACGUUGAUUUGUCCAUUGAAAUUUGGUCAUUUCCCAACCAGUAUUUUACAACUCAAACUUAAUGUGGAAACAACAUGCUUUUUGACGAAGUUUAAUUAAUGUUGGGUUCUGAUGUUGAUUACUCCAUUCAAAUUUUAGUGAGUUUCUAACCAAUAUUCUACAACACAAAUACAAUUUUGAAACAACGUACUUUUUGACAAUGUUUAAUCAAUGCCCUGUUAUGAUGUUGAUUUAACCAUUAAAAUGUUGGUCAUUUCCCAACCAAUAUUCUAAAACACAAAUACAACAUUGAAACAACAUGCUUUUUGAUGACGUUUAAUCAAUGUUGGGUUCUGACGUUGAUUUGACCAUUGAAAUUUGGUUAUUUUCCAACCAAUAUUUUACAACUCGAGCCUAAUGUUGAAAUUACAUUGUUUUUAACGACGUUUAAUCAAUGUUGGUUUCUGACGUUGAUUUGACCAUUGAAAUUCUGGUCAGUUUCUAACCAAUAUUCUACAACACAAAUACAACGUUGAAACAACAUGCUUUUUGACGAGGUUUAAUCAAUGUUGGGUUCUGGCGUUGAUUUGACCAUUGAAAUUUGGUAAUUUUCCAACCGAUAUUUUACAACUCGAACCUAACAUUGAAACAACAUGCUUUUUUUGACGUUUAAUCAAUGUCGGGUUCUGAUGUUAAUUUGACCAUUGAAAUUUGGUUAUUUCCCAAACAAUAUCUUACAACUCAAACCUAAUGUUGAAAUUACAUCGUUUUUGACGACGUUUAAUCAAUGUUGGGUUCUGACUUUGAUUUGACCAUUGAAAUUUUGGUCAGUUUCUAACCAAUAUUCUACAACACAAAUACAACAUUGAAACAACAUGCUUUUUGACGAUGUUUAAUUAAUGUUGGGUUCUUACGUUGAUUUGACCAUUGAAAUUUGGUAAUUUUCCAACCAAUAUUUUACGACACAAAGGUAACGUUGAAACAACAUGCUUUUUGACAAUGUUUAAUUAAUGUUAGGUUCUGACGUUGAUUUGACCAUUUAAAUUUGGUCAUUUCCCAACCAGUAUUUUACAACUCAAACCUAAUGUUGAAAUGACAUGCUUUUUGACGACGUUUAAUUAAUGUUGGGUUGCGACGUUGAUUUGACCAUUGAAAUUUUGGUCAGUUUCCAACCAAUAUUCUACAACACAAAUGCAAUUUUAAAACCACAUACUUUUUGUCAAUGUUUAAUCAAUACCCUGUUGUGAUGUUGAUUUGAUCAUUUAAAUGUUGGUCAUUUCCCAAACAAUAUUCUACAACACAAAUACAACGUUGAAACAACAUGCUUUUUGACGACAUUUAAUCAAUGUUGGGCUCUGACAUUGAUUUGACCAUUGAAAUUUGGUAAUUUUCCAACCAAUAUUUUACGAUUGGAAUGUAACAUUGAAACAACAGGCUUUCUAGCGACGUUUAAUCAAUGUCAUGUUGUGACGUUGAUUUGACCAUUGAACUUUGGUUAUUUCCCAACCAAUAUUUUGCAACUCAGACCUAAUGUUGAAACAACAUGCUUUUUGACGACGUUUAUUCAAUGUCAUGUUCUGACAUUGAAUUUUGGUAAUUUUCCAACCAAAAUUUUACAACACAAAUACAACGUUAAAACAACAUGCUUUUUUGAUGACGUUUAAUCAAUGUUGGGUUCUGACGUUGAUUUGACCAUUGAAAUUUGAAAAAAAAAGCAUUAACAUUUGUAUAAAAUAAUUUCAUAACAACGGAUGGAUAUAAACUUGAUCUACAGAUUUAGGCGUUGAAAAAAAUAAAUAAAUAAAUGUAUGGCUUAUUUUGAACUCUUCCGAGUCCCCUGGACCAAAGUUGACGGGGGGCCUAAAAUCCAUCCAUCCAUCUUCUUACGCUUAGCCGAGGUCGGGUCACGGGGGCAGCAGCCUAAGCAGGGAAGCCCAGACUUCCCUCUCCCCAGCCAAUUCGUCCAGCUCUUCCCGGGGGAUCCCGAGGCGCUACCAGGCCAGCCGGGAGACAUAGUCUUCCCAACGUGUCCUGGGUCUUCCCCGUGGCCUCCUACUGGUUGGAUGUGCCCUAAACACCUCCCUAGGGAGGCGUUCGGGUGGCAUCCUGACCAGAUGCCCGAGCCACCUCAUCUGGCUCCUCUCGAUGUGGAGGAGCAGCGGCUUUACUUUGAGCUCCUCCCGGAUAG